AUGGUUCAUUUUGAAGAGCUCCAGCUUCGGGAUGUUGCCACACUGGGUUGUGGAACGUUUGGUAGGGUUGAUCUGGCCUGGAGCGAAGCCAAACAGGAAUACUACGCCGUCAAGAAGUUCAACAUCCAUGAGGUGGUACAGCAAAAUCGGGCCGAGUACGUGAAACGUGAGAAGGAGCUACUUUUAAUGUCUUCUUGCCCGUUCGUCGUAGAAUUAAUAUGCACAGGAAUGGAUCGAAUCAAUCUCAGUCUUGUAGUGGAAUUUGUUCACGGUGGAGAGUUAUCCGAUUACCUGAACGAUAUGAACGAUGUCCCGUUCUUUUCUUACGAUUGCUAUCUGUGGAUUUUUUCAGACUAUAUUAUAUGUGGAACUGCUGAAUACAUUGCACCUGAAGUGAUAAUGAAGAAAGGUUACGGCAUCGCUGUAGAUUGGUGGUCCUUAGGCGUUUUGAUUUUCGAACUUCUCCACGGUCAGCCGCCAUUCUAUGGAGAUAGCACGGAUGAGGUAUUUGAAGCCAUACGGCAAGGCGACAUCUCAUUUCCCGACGACUUGGAUGUUUCCGCUCGAGAUCUGAUCUCAUUGCUUCUCGAUCGUGACCCUUCAAGGCGAGCCGUGGAUAUUUGUGCUCAGAAAUGGUUCGCUGAUGUGGACUGGGAGAAAGCGCGAAAUCUCUCUGUCCAGCCGCCGUUGAUUCCAGCUCCAUUCGAAGUAACGGAUUUGUCACCACUGUCGGGAGAUGACGACAAAGAGGCUUCUGCUCAGAGGGAACGUGAUCAUUUUACAGAUUGGUGUGAAUUCACAUCAGAAAUCCUCCACUGA